AUUCUAUUGAAAAGACCUUCAUCCUUUUUCUAAGCGGAACUUCCAAAAAAAAGCACACGAAUCGAGGCAAUGGAAGGCCUAUGGCCCUUAACUUCACGUCCGACACAAAACGAUUGAUAUGCCUCGCGAUUUUGCUGGGAAUCUAUCUUCUCUCAGGUGCUGUAGUCUUCCAAGUUCUUGAGAACGAAAAUGACAAACUGGAGAUACAAGAAUUAAAUUCUAUGAAGAAGUUUUUCCUUGAAAAGCAUAACAUGACACCAGAAGAUUUCGACUUGUUGGUGGAGAAGGUUGAAAAUGCUGUAAAACACCGCUGUGGCGGCGACCCAGACCAGUGGUGUACGUCACGAUGGACAUACUACGCUUCAUUGUAUUUUACAUGGAGUGUUGUCACGACUGUGGGCUAUGGUCACUUAGCUCCCAGUACAGUUGGCGGCCGCGUCUUCUGUAUGGUUUUCGCCUUAUUUGGAAUUCCUUUGAAUCUAAUGGUGUUACGUCAUAUUGGAGACCGCGUCAAUCAACUAAUAAGCUAUAUUCAUUUCUUAGUGGAAACAAAAUUGCUCAAGCGGGAAUCACAGCCAGUUGUCACAAAAACUCUUAUGUGGACGCUGUUCGCCCUCCUGAUAAUGUUAAUUGUUGGAGCGUUCCUUUAUCUACAGGAAGAACAAUGGAAUUUUCUAGAAGGAGUAUAUUUCUGUUUUAUCACGUUCUCGACCAUUGGAUUUGGGGAUCUGGUGCCAAACGGAGGACAAGCUCCUUCUGAUGUUGGAAGCAUUAUUAUGGAACUAUUGCGUGCCACAGUCGUUCUUUUAGGAGUAUCUAUGUUUUUCUCCAUUAUUACGUCUGUGUUGACCGCCUCUGAAGAACUUCGUGUCAACUUUCCCGCAGAGAAAGACUUGGACGCUCUGAGAAAAAAAUCUGAAAAUUCAUUAGGAAGUGGGGAGAUUGAGGGACAAGAUAAAGUGAAGAGUCGGGAAGAAAAAAGGAUCCAGAACGAUGUAGAAAGCGGAAACAUUGAUGAUGUUAAAGAUGUAAAAAGCACAAAAACGGGUCACUCCUUGACAGAACCAAAACGUGUCGGAGAAAAGUUCGGAGCUAAUUCACAACAAUGGGGGAAAGAGUAAAGUCGAUAUUGAAAAGGUUCUGGAACAACAAUUCAUUGUUAAUAGUUCUUUGUACGAUCCAUCUUCAAUGCAGCCUAACCUCCUAAUGUUUGGCGAUUUCCAGCUGCCAGACAGGAAGAUGAACUUUCGCCACACUACACACGAUGAAUAUCUCAAAGAUUAUUUUUGUGCCCUCGUAUCCUAACUAACCAAACGAUUUCGUUUUUGCUUGCCCAAAUACAAAUCAAGUCAUUUUUAGGUUACAAGAAUGAAUUUAGUUUUGAUUUUUUUGCCAAACUAUAUUCGCAAUAAACUUGUGUCAUCGACAACAUUUAAGUGCAUUGAAUUGCAUAACAGAACUCUAGAUAGGGAGUUUUAUUGAACUAUGACAGGUCAAUGAGUGUCAGAGUAACAAAAAAGUUCGGAGUUAAUGAGACUAUUUUCGAGAAUAAGGAGGGUUUUCUUUCUACAGAAACUGUAGUGCUGCGUCGGUGGAUGUGUUAUAAGAUAAUUCGGUUUUAUGUACUGAGUUGACAAAGUAAGUUUGCCGGCACAGAGAGUUUCUGUAGCUGACGUACCAAGCGUUGGUCCCUCGUCAGAAUGAAAAGGAAAUUUGGACCAACGCUUAAAACGUCGACUUUGGAAAAUUUUUAGAGACAACUUAGUUUAUAAAACUAAAUUAUCUUGUUAAUCGAUGAUUGGUUGACAGUGACAAGAAAGCUAAAAUUCUAAAUCUAUUUUUAUAUUCCUUUCAAAGAAGAAAUGAAAGACGUAUAUCAAAAAGGCUUUUAUAGUAACAUAAAAAAUCUAAACGGUUAAGUCGAAGGUUAAAUUUUAAUCAAGCGAAUUAAAAUUAGUUCGAUUACCCUGGAGUUCGAAUUAACCGAGUUCGACGGUUCGUAGUUCUACUGUACUGGUACUUAAAGCAGCCAUCACCACUGAAAACCUCAUUUCCGUGCAGGGACCUUUUUUCUAAGCAUUUCCGUGCAGGGAACUCUUUUCCAAGCAUUCCACUUACUUGAAAAUUAAAGUAAUUAAAAAUAUAUCCUCGGUUUUACCAAAAAACUUUUUUUUUACUUGAAACCAUAAUAUGUGCCAUUUCUAAACGAAUAGUGUGUUGCAUUCAUGUGUGGGUGUUAGGUUUGCAUUUUUAAUCAGUAGAUCCAAUAAAGAUAAUC